AUGAGACCCUCGACAUUAUCGACUCCUCUGUCUCGCUUCGGAUCGUUCCUUUCGGAUCUCGGGUACCUUUACUGGGCGACAAUGAAGGGGCUUGAGAACGGCGAUAUUGAACGGCUUGGACCUCGGUCGCCCAUCCUCCAUUCAAGCCGUAGGGGAAUGAACACUAUCACCAACAUCCUCCACCUUGCCGAACUCUUUGGCUCCGCUUCGUCUUCUCAUCCCGUUCUACUCUCGACCUUCGUGCUGCUUCUGCCUCUGCAUUCGUGUUCUCUGGUUGAUGACGGAACGUCUGGUACCUUGUCCUACGAGCGACCAUCGAUCGUCGUCGAUGAGCGUGACGGCGAGCUAUUCUACGUCACUUGCCCAUUUGGGAGCUAUGACCCGGCGACCUAUUUUGAUCCUCAACAGCAAGGACACUGGCGCCUCUCAUGA